AUGAAUUAUUUUAUUGAAGCAGAAUGUUUACGGAGGUUUAAAGACUUAGUUAAUAAAUAUAAUAAGUUAUUACAAGUAAAUUCAGCGUUAUCAAGAAACAGACAAUAUUGUGAUUACAGUAAAAGAAUCCAAAUUCUAAUUGAACGUGAAAAAUGUCAUAUAACCCUAAUAAAAAAGUUAAAAUAUGAAUUGUGUACAAAAGAUAAUGACAUUAACAGACUGAAACUUAAUGAAGAAUUAAACGAGAAACAAAUAAAUGAAUAUCAGGCAUGA